AUGUCGGCGAUCGUCGCGCACGACGACGACGAGGACGACUGGCCGGCGCCUCCGCCGCCGGCCCCGCUCCACCUGCUGGAGGUCACCGUCAUCUCCGCGCAGGACCUGCACCGCAAGAAGCUCGGCCGCCGCGUGCGCGCGUACGCCGUGGCGUGGACCGACGGCACGGCGCGCAAGCUGCGCACGGACGUGGACCUCGCCGGCGGCGCCGACCCGACGUGGAACGACCGGUUCCUCUUCCGCGUCGACGCCGAGUUCCUGCGCUCCGAGACGGCCGCCGUCGCCGUGGAGGUGCGCGCGGCCGGCGGCGUGCUCGGCCGCGACGCCGUCCUCGGCCGCACGCGCAUCGUCGUGAGCACCUUCGUGCGCCCGUCCCGGUCCGCCGUGGCCCCCUCGGGCAGGCAGGUGGCGGCGCUGCAGCUGCGGCGCCCGCGGUCGCUGCGGCCCCAGGGCAUGGUGAACGUGGCGGUGGCGCUGCUGGGCGCCGCCCAGGCGCGCGCCGUGGCGCCCACCUACUGCGCGCUGGGCUCUACGGACGCGUUCGCCGUGAAGGACCUCGUGGCGAUGAGGCCGGCGCCAGCGCUCUGCGCGAUCACGGAGGACGCGGAGGAUCUGGACUACGGGCGCCGCCGGCUGAAGCCCGUGGUGGAGUACUCCGGACCGCUGGACCCGAGGCGCGCAGCCGUGGAGCAGAGCAAGCUGGCCAUGAAGCUCGAGAAGUGGAGGGCGGACCUGUCGCCGGACCGUGUGGACAAGGACGGCAACGGAGUGAAGCGGAGGUGGCGGCGCCGGACCUCAUGCUUCGGCGGCGCGGAGUGGGAAAGGUAA